UCCCCCUUGACCACAUCUUGAUUCUUCCGUCACUCUAAGGGGGGGGGGGAGGUGGUUUGCCACUUUAGUUUAUUAUUAGUCUCAGCUCCGUCCCGUCUUCUCGUCUCACUUUUGCCCUUCCAGUUGCCUUCUUGCUUUAUUGUGUUAUGUUCUUUACCCUCACCUGAUUUUGUGUCUCCUUCACUUGGGAUUUGAUCAGACAACACUGCAGGUUACUUUCUAUCCCAGUUUUUCCUCCUCAACUCCUGGUUGUCCGCUUCUCAUCCUCCAUCCUCCCCUCAGAGGUGCUGUGCACAAUGGGGAAGACAGAGCUGCACUGUGUGUACAAAACCUUCCUGGACUGUCUUUGCCUCUGCUUGUCACGAGGAAACGGCGAAGCAGCAGCCGAGAGUGACAGGGACACAGAGAAUGGCCACCUGGUCUACAAAAAUGGGCACAUCCUCGAGGACCGUUAUGAGAUCCUGGACACAUUGGGUGAAGGGACCUUUGGGAAGGUGGUGCAAUGUUUGGACCACAACAGAAAUGGCCGUCAAGUAGCUCUGAAGAUCAUUAAGAACAGAGAGAAGUACAGAGAAGCAGCCAAGCUGGAGAUUCACGUGCUGGAGAAAAUUAGCCAGAAAGAUAAACACAAACUAUACCACUGUGUGCAGAUGCUGGACUGUUUCAACUACUACGGGCACAUCUGCAUCUCCUUCGAGCUCUUGUCCCUCAGCACCUUCGACUUCCAGAAAGGCAACAACUUCCUGCCUUACCCGAUCCACCACAUCCGACACAUGGCCCAGCAGAUCUGCCGCGCCGUCAGCUUUCUCCAUGACAACAGGCUGACUCACACCGACCUGAAGCCAGAGAACAUCCUUUUUGUCAACUCUGACUACUCGGUCAUAUACAAUCCUGACAAGAAGUGCAAUGAGAGGCGAGUCAACGACACCACGGUGCGUGUUGUUGAUUUUGGUAGCGCUACAUUUGACCUCGAACACCACUCGACUGUUAUCUCCACACGCCACUACCGAGCCCCUGAGGUCAUACUGGAGUUGGGUUGGAGUCAUCCCUGCGAUGUGUGGAGUAUCGGCUGCAUCCUGUUUGAAUACUAUAAAGGAUUCACACUGUACCAGACUCAUGACAAUAAGGAGCAUCUUGCUAUGAUGGAGCACAUCCAUGGACCAAUUCCUCAGAGAAUGGUUCAAAGGAGCAGAAAGCAGAGCUAUUUCCACUGUGGCCGCCUUAACUGGAACGAGUGCUCCAAGUCUGGACGCUAUGUCAAAGCCAAGUGCAAGCCUUUGCGGAAAUACCUGUUGUCACAGGGUAGAGAACACCAUUACUUUUUUGACCUUCUAGAGAAGAUGCUGGAGUACGAGCCUUCCAAACGCAUCACUCUUUCCUACGCCCUAAGCCACCCUUUCUUCCUGCAACCCCAAUAUUCUGCGCAAACAGUCAGAAAUAGCUCCAAUAUGGGGCAAUAGUUCCUACCUUGAGAACAAUAAUGUUCACUGGUAGUAUUGUGGAGUACCAAACACAGUGCUACAGUGCAGAGAGAGUGGAACUAGAAACACUGCAGUCUGUUGAUUGGUUGACCAGAAUGGUCUUUUUCUGGAAACAACAGGAAUGGCACAGGACACCGCUAUAUGUUGCUCUGCCAUUAUGUCAUGCUAUUUAAGUAGAGGAUGCUGUUUUCGCUAUCCGUCAUGCAGUGGAAACAUGAGCCAGAUCAGUGUUCCAACUCUGGAGUACCAUGACUAGACAAAACGAACUGUCCUGCUUUUAAAUGCUUGUAGCGGUGACUUUUAUUUAGGGUUACUAUAGAGGCAGUGCCCCACCAGAUGGAGAUGGCGGCACUGUUUUUCCUAUAUGUAUUUUAUAUUCAAUAGAGUAGAAAAAUAAAUGUUUAUCAAUACACAGCUAGUCUGUAUACUGAUGUUUUUGGAGAAUUUAUUAGUGUCUUUCAGACUCCCUGGACACUGGACCGGUAGAAUGCAAACUAAAGGAAAACUGGAACUCCAGUGACAAUGAGACCAUAGGCACACUGGAGCCAUUGUAACACCGGAACACCAGAAACUCUGGAACUAGUACUGCUACACUAGUGACACUGGAGCCCUUGGAACAUUGCUUGGCUUGAACACUGAAACACGAGGAACACUGGAACUGGAAUGCCAGUGACACUUGAGCACUGGGAAAACACACUUGAACAUGAAGUUCACAAGAGCUCCAGGGUUCCUGGAACUUGAGGAACAGCAAGAGUAAUGCACGAUUCCAGUCAAUGGAUUGAGCUUUCAUAGCAAGCAUCUUCUCAAAUAUGCACAUACACUCCUUUAUUCUCACGCAUUUCCAAGGCCGGGUUUGAAGUAAGAAGUCCUCAAAACUGUGAAGCAGAUGUGCUAAACACUCGUAGCUGUUUGCAAAUCCUUUUUAACCUAUAUUCAAUUGAAGACACUACAAAAACAAGAUAUUUAAUGUUCAAACUGAUGAACAUUAUUGUUUUGUUUUUUGCAAAUAUUCUCACAUUUUGAAUUUGAUGCCUGCAGCACGUUACAAAAAAGAUGGAACGGGGCAGCAAAAGACUGGGAAAGUUGAGGAAUGCUCAAAAAACCUGUUUGAAACGUUGCAAAGAUGAACAGGUUUAUUAGAAACAGGUGAGUGUCAUGAUUGGUUAUAAAAGGAGCAUCCCUGAAAGGCUAAGUUGUUCACAAGCAAGGAUGGGGUGAGGUUGCCCACUUUGUGAACAUCUGUGUGAGCAACAGUCCCAACAGUUUAAGAACGGUUCUCGCCAUACAAUUGCAAGAAAGUUCAAAAGCCAGCAUCUGUGAUGGUAUGGGGGGGUGUGUUAGUGCCCAUUGUACAAUGGCCUACAAAGCUCCGCUGAUGCCUGGGGUGGAAUGGUGAACCAUUAAUGCUGAACAGUACAUACAGGUUUUGGAGCAACAUAUGCUGCCAUCCAAGCACAGUAUUUUUCAGGGACAUCCCUGCUUAAUUCAGCAAGACAAUGCCAAGCCACAUUCUACAUGUUACAACAUCGCGGCUCUCUAGUAAAAGAGUGCGCGUACUAGACUAGCCUGCUAGCAACCCAGACCUGUCUCCUAUUGAAAAUGUAUGGUGCAUUAUGAAGCGCAAAAUAUGACAAAGGGAGACCCUGGACUGCUGAGCAACUGAAUCCUACAACACUUCAACAAUUAGUGUCGUUAGUUCUCAAAUGCUUAUUGAGUGUUCAUAAAAGGAAAUGUGAUGUAACACAGUGGUAAAAAAUGCCGCUAUCCAAGCUUUUUUGGAAUGUUUUGCAGGCGUCAAAUUCAAACUGAGUGAAUAUUUGCAAAAAAAAAAAAUAAUAAAAGUCAUGUUGGGCAAUAUCGACCCCUGCUGUCGACUAAAAUUAACGUGACAAGUGCCCUUGAGCUUGCAUUGAAAACGUGACAUGACGCAACCCGCUAUCUAUACCCGAUAACUAGCAGAACUAAGGUUGAUUUCAUGACGGUUUGAACCCAAACUUGCUAGAAUUUUAUUUGUUGUCCGCUAUUGCUGGUUUGUAGUAAUACCUUGGCUUCAAUAAAUGAAUGUCGAUUUACUUUA